AUCUACCACCAGUGCAGUUGCUCCAGUUACCACAGGGCAGUGCUCCUGAGCACCUGCAGUACAUUGAUGACAUCAUUGUGUGGGGCGAUACAGCAGAAGAAGUCUUCACAAAAGGAGAGAGAACGAUCCAAAUUCUUCUGAGUGCUGGUUUUGCUAUUAAGCGAAGCAAAGUGAAAGGACCUGCCCAGGAGAUUCAGUUCCUAGGUAUAAAGUGGCAAGAUGGCCGUCGUCACAUCCCGACAGAUGUGAUCGACAAAAUCACUGCUACGUCUCCACCCACUAGCAAAAGAGAGACACAAUCUUUUCUGGGUGCAGUGGGCUUUUGGAGAAUGCAUGUUCCAAACUACAGCCUCAUUGUAAGCCCCCUUUAUUAUGUGACGCGAAUGAGAAAUGAGUUUACAUGGGGCCCUGAGCAGCAGCAGGCUUUUGAACAGAUUAAACAGGAGAUAGCCCGUGCCGUGGCCCUAGGGCCAGUACGGACUGGACAGGGUAUAAAGAACAUCCUCUACACUGCUGCUGGAGAGAACGGUCCCACUUGGAGUUUGUGGCAAAGAGCCUCAGGAGAGACCCGAGGCCGACCCCUGGGAUUCUGGAGUCGGGCGUACAGAGGGUCUGAAGAGCACUACACUCCAACUGAGAAGGAGAUCUUAGCCGCUUAUGAAGGGGUUCGGGCUGCUUCCGAAGUAGUCGGUACUGAAACACAGCUCCUUCUCGCACCUCGACUGCCAGUGCUGAACUGGAUGUUUAAAGGAAAGGUUCCCUCCACCCAUCAUGCUACUGAUGCCACUUGGAGUAAGUGGAUUGCACUGAUUACACAACGAGCACGGAUGGGGAACCUCAGCCGUCCAGGAAUCCUAGAAGUCAUCAUGGACUGGCCUGAAGGUAAAAAGUUUGGAACACCACCGGGAGAAGAAGUAUCACGUGCUAAAGAAGCCCCACCAUACAAUGAACUACCAGAGAAUGAAAAGAAAUAUGCCCUGUUCACAGAUGGAUCGUGUCGUAUUGUGGGAAAGCAUCGCAGAUGGAAAGCUGCUGUGUGGAGCCCCACACGACAAGUUGCAGAGGCCACUGAAGGGAAAGGAGAAUCAAGCCAAUUUGCAGAGGUAAAGGCUGUCCAACUGGCCUUAGAUGUCGCUGAACGGGAGAGGUGGCCAAUGCUCUAUCUUUACACUGACUCAUGGAUGGUAGCAAAUGCCUUAUGGGGGUGGUUACAGCAGUGGGAGCAAAAUAACUGGCAAAGAAGGGGUAAACCUAUUUGGGCUGCUGAACUGUGGAAAGACAUUGCUGCCCGAACAAAGACUAUAGUUGUAAAGGUGCGCCAUGUAGAUGCUCAUGUGCCCAAGAGUCGGGCUACUGAAGAACAGCAAAAUAACCAUCAGGUAGAUCGAGCUGCCAGAAUUGAGGUGGCUCAAAUAGACCUGGACUGGCAGAACAAGGGUGAAUUAUUUCUGGCUCGGUGGGCCCAUGAGACCUCAGGUCAUCAAGGGAGAGAUGCAACAUACAAAUGGGCCAGAGACCGAGGGGUGGACUUAACGAUGGAUGCCAUUGCACAGGUUAUUCAUAACUGUGAAACAUGUGCCAUCAUCAAACAAGCCAAGAGGAUGAAACCUCUGUGGGAGGAAGGGCGAUGGCAAAAGUACAAAUAUGGGGAGGCAUGGCAGGUUGAUUAUAUCACCUUGCCACGAUCUUGCAAUGGUAAGCAUUAUGUGCUUACUAUGGUGGAGGCAACCACUGGGUGGCUUGAAACAUAUGCAGUACCCCAUGCUACCGCCCGAAACACCAUACUGGGUCUCGAGAAACAAGUCCUGUGGCGACAUGGCACCCCAGAAAGGAUUGAGUCAGAUAAUGGGACUCAUUUCAAAAAUUCUCUUGUAAAUACUUGGGCCAAAGAUCAUGGCAUUGAGUGGAUUUACCAUAUUCCCUAUCAUGCUCCAGCCUCUGGUAAAAUUGAACGAUACAAUGGAUUGUUAAAAACGAUGCUAAAAGCACUGGGUGGCCGAACAUUUAAGCACUGGGAGAAGCAUUUGGCAGAAGCCACCUGGUUGGUCAAUACCAGAGGAUCUAUUAAUCGUGAUGGUCCUAAUCAAUCCAGUUCCCUACAUACCGUAGAGGGAGAUAAAGUCCCUGUUGUACAUGUAAAGAACAUGUUAGGAAAGGCAGUUUGGGUUCUUCCAGCUUCUGGAAAGGGCAAACCUCUCCGUGGUACAGUUUUUGCCCAGGGACCAGGAUCCACUUGGUGGGUAAUGCAGAAGAAUGGGGAUGUCCAGUGUGUACCACAAGGAAACUUGAUGCCGGGGGAGUGCAGUUACUAAUUCUAUGUAUAUGUAUAUAGCCAUGUGUGCAUUUUAAUCAUUUUUUGUUUGUUUGUAUAUAUGUAUAUAUAUUUUAAGCAUGAUGUAACGAUGUAGAAUAAGGGGUGGAAUGUCAUGGUU